UGAUUUUAAUCUUUAUUAUUAUACUGUCAUCCACUUUCUGCUCUCUCCCUCUUAUCCGAGGUGGAGGUAGGAGAAAAAAUAGUGAUGAGAGAUACUAAAUUACCUCUGCCAGAUUAAAUAUCUAACGUUAGAAGAGGCAGGUGUGGAGGACUUCGAGACAGCUGUUGCACCCUGUUUCAUCACCUCCACCACCGGUCCUUUUCUCUCUCUCUCUCUCUACUCAGCCCCUUAUCUCUAUCUGUAUACUUGGACAUUCCGCCGCUAUUUGGUGUCGUCCUCUCAUUUUAAGCGGACAAACUCUCUAAUUAGAAAAGAUGUCAACCACCAAUGUUUCACGUCGCUUUAUUAUUAGCCAGGAUCAUAAAAGGCUUAUUUAUGUUUUCGCUGUUGGAAAGUUCCCUUUCGUGCCUUAGUUUCUUUCUCCUUGUAUGCGAUAAUGUAGCUACCCUCUCUCUUAAAUUGCUUCGCUGCCCCUUUAAAUCAGUACCGCUGGUUUAAACAGUCUUUUCAGAUAUCUUAUAAACGCUCUAUGUAAUUAGGGGUCACUGGACACUUUAAUGAAACACCGACAACAACGAUUGAAUGAACAUUAUAUUUUCUGCUAAUUUCACGACAAUCUUAUUUCUGACUUUUCUACAAAUUAGAACCGACACAUAUAAAGGUAAAAUAAUCUUCACUUCGCUAAUUAACAUUCAUUAACGAAAACAAUGGAAUCAGUAUUUCGUCUGUUGGGGAAUUUAACGAGGAGAAUAAACACAAAUCACUGCUACUACAUUGACUGUGGAUUUAAUAAGGAUUUGACCAGGUCCGUAUUAGUAGAUAUAUCUUAAAGUUUUGAAGGAAUAUAUAUAUAUAUAUAUAUAUAUACAUGUUUGUGUAUAUAUUAGCAAAAGUAACUUUAAUACUUCUCUAAGCCAACUUUAAUAAUAAUAGAACCCGGCAGCGGCAACGACAAUCAAUGUAGAAUCAACUCGAAGUUUGCGCGCAUAUAUUAUAUAUAUAUAUAUAUAUAUAUAUAUAUAUCCACCAUGGAUCAUACAAAUACCGAUCUGGAACCAAUGGAUUCACAACAAUUACAGUCUUUCUUUCGCAAUUCGCUACACUGGGAGGAUUAUUACGGUUCUUCCGUUGAUUUGACACGGGCUUUGUUGUCCAUCUACGACAAGUUUUUAAAUGUCAAUGAAGACGAUGUACAACAGCAAACAGAAACCUGUUGCACUGACAAAGGCGACCCAGAAUCUAUUUGCCCAGAACCUGCAAUGUACCAAAGUGACCAACAGACCAAUCCAUCAUUACUUUCUUCUUCAUCAUCAUCUUCGCCGCCGCCGCCGCCGCCAACGUCUUCUCUUGCUGCUGCAGCUGCUGUUGACGAGCAGCAGAAUGACAAACCUGAUUUCGACCAAACAGAUGCAGCAGCUUCUCACACGACCAACCUGUGCGCCGGUGCCACACUUGACAAUGCUGCCUUGGACAGUCGGAAAAGGCCUUUAAGCAUCAGCUCAAUGUCAUCAGCUUCAUCAUCAUCUCUCCCACGACACAGUCGAUACAAACGCUUAAACAUGACCGACACAGAAAUUGUCGUCAAUGGAAACAACCAGAAUAUUGUUUCCGGUCCCACGAUUGUUGUGGAUAACACUGACAUGGAGUCGGUGGUUAGUUCCGAGGACUUUAUAGACACUGUUUCAGUUACUUCAUCUUUCGAUGGGGCAGUAAGAGGAUUUGAGGAAGAUCGGACGUCAGCUUCUGACCAAUCAGCAAGUUGUCAGAAGUUGACCAUUGACCAGCAUGAAGGUAUUGAAGAGGAAGAGGAUUCUAUGACCUCGAGUAGUUAUUCAUCCCCGAGUCAUGCACAAGAUGACAACAGGUUGAAGUAUCGGUCAAAUGAGAGAGAGAAAAGUUGUUCUCCAGUGCCUACACUCCAUGAACUGACAGACAAUGAAUGUAAACAAUCUCUUCCUGAUGAGGAUGGGGAAGAGGUAACAGAUAUCCAUUCCACUUCUCUGUCUCAUUAUGUUUCUUACACUGAAAGAGUGGUUUCCGAAAUUGUGGAAACAGAACGGACUUAUGUAAAAAGCCUAAAGGAAAUCAAAGAGGGUUACCUUGAAUAUUUGGAUAAAUGUGAUGAUAUGUCAAAGAAUGAACUCAACUCUUUAUUCGGCAACAUUGUAGAAAUUUACACUUUUAGUCAAGAAUUUCUGGAAGAGUUGGAGCAUAGUAAUGGAGAACCCCUGAAAGUUGCUGAAUGUUUUGUGAAGAACAAAGACAAGUUUGUUAUUUAUGGCAAUUACUGCACCAAUUAUCCAUGUGCUGUAGAAACUCUAACGAAUUGCAUGUCUCAUCAAAAUCUGGCCGACAUCUUCAAACAGCGUCAGUUGAUCCUCAAUCAUGUUCUUCCGUUGGGAGCUUAUUUACUGAAACCAGUGCAGCGUGUACUCAAAUACCAUCUUCUUCUUCAGAACAUCUUAAAACAUUACGAUGAAGAAAGAAUCGGUCAUAAUGUUUUGUGCCAGGCGUUGACCCACAUGACCAGCAUGGCACAACACAUUAACGAAAUGAAACGCAAGCACGAACAUGCAGUGCAUGUCCAAGAAAUUCAAAGUCAAUUGUUGGAAUAUGAUGGAGCUGAUCUCACCACAUUAGGGGACCUUGUUUUAGAGGGAUCCUUUCGGCUCUGUGGGACCAAAACGUAUCGACAUGUGUUUUUGUUUGAGAAAGCUGUACUUAUUGCCAAGAAAAAAGAAGAGGGGAUGCUGAGUUGUAAGACCUUUAUUGAAUGUGCUAAUCUGAUGUUGAUUGAAAGUAUUCCAAAGGAACCUCUUAGUUUUCAAGUUAUCCCAUUUGAUAAUCCCAAGUCAAUGCAUACUUUACAGGCAAGGAACAUUGACCAGAAAGUAAAAUGGUGCAAGGAGAUUAAACACUUAAUCUUGGAGAGUUACAAAGGCAAGAUUCCAGAGAAAGUUCGUCAUCUUGUGAUGGAAUUAGGUCGAAGCAAAGAUGAACAAUGUGAGAAGCUUGAAUGUUUGAACACUUUCCAGCUCUUUGAUGUUGCCAACAAUGAGAAUGUUGAUCCUGGUAAACGUCAUGCUAUCAGUGGACCAGACUACCUUGAGAAACGUGGCCGGGUAAGGCGGAAAUCCAGCAAUCUGAUUCCAGAUUUUACCUUACUUAAACCUCAGCGCCUUCGAAAAGGUUAUCGAAGAUCGGAUCCUGGCUUUCUCCGUUUAAUAUUUCCUAGUGACAACAAACAAUGGAAUGAUACGGAAGGCACCGAAUCUGAGGAUGACAAGACUGGUACACUGAUCAACCGCAGAAGAGGCCAGACAAAUGUUACACCAACUGUUGAUCCUGAUUCUGUUUUUGAUGACAAAUAUGCUAGUAAUAAUUCUCUUCCAAGAAAGGACAGUGACACCUACAAGCGUGCAAUGAGUUUUCGAAUUGCUAACAUAGAAAACCCCAUUAAUAUCCCUGACCCACCAAAAGGUGAACUUGCAGAAAAUACUGAAUUACUCAGCAGUGUACAAAGUACACCAGCUCGGCUGCACAGCCAGUCAAGCGUUACAUCUGAACAACCAUCCGAAGAUGGGGAAACGGAGUUGAAUACCAAAUAUUCCAGCAUGCCCUCACUGUCUGAGAGAAGGCACAGACUGUUACACGGCUCAGAUGCAUCCUCUGUUCAGUCCCUUGUACAAACUUGUCAACAAACUCAGGGUAAAUGUGAUAAAGGUCCAUCAACCUCUGCUAAAGCUGCUACAAAUCAAGCAAACAAAUUAAGAAAUCUUUCAAGAAUGUUCUUCCUCUUUUACGCCAAGCUAAGAGGUCUGGACUUUUGCCUAAUAUUCCAUUCAAACAAGUGCAAGAAACUGGAGGUAAAACUCGUCGCUCUUCAGAUCCUCCCAAAUCGCAAGCAGAUCCUUGGAUCAAAAAGUCAAUACAGCCCAGCUGCAGUCAAAUUGAGGUUUCUACUUAUUCCAAUCGAAGAUCUCAACUAGAAAGCCCAAAUUAUAAGAAUCUAUCUCGAGAGAGCUUGG